UUAUUAGUAGGAAUUAUGCUUGUCAACCGUUCUUGCCAGCCGUGUGUGACUAUACUUGUUUGUGACGGUCACAAUAGUCAGUGACAAUUAAAGAACAUCUGAACGCGACGGCGAUGUCUCGCUACUUUGUGCUUGUAAUUGUGCCGUUCCUGAUUGGGGCCGUGGUGUGUAGUCCAGGAGCUGGGUCAUGUCCCCCCACGUUGCCCGUGGAUCUAUGUGAGCCGGAGUGUGGGCCGACCGCCCCCUGUAAUAGCACCCAGCUAUGCUGCCCCACGGCCUGCGGGGGCGCCAUGUGUGUUGAUGCGAUGACGCGGCGGAACUUCGUCAAUUUAGUGAAGAAUGGCCGCUGUCCCGAAUUUCCCCGCGGCCCGUGGAUCUGUUCCCACACCUGCACAGGAGACUACGACUGCCCCCGGACCCUGAAGUGCUGUCAUAACAGAUGUGGCGCCCUCACAUGCCAGAAGCCGGAAACUGAUUACUCCCCCACUGUGCCACCCGCUUAGACAAUAAAUUAUUUAAUAGUAA